AGAAGGAGGCGAGAGACGAGAGAAGGGGCGGGCGGCUGCCGCUUUGCCUCGCCUGCCUCGGGUGCACCCUCCUCCUUCGCCUUCCCAGCCGGCUUCGCAAAGUUUGGCCGCGACGGGAGGGGGGCUCCCGGUUGCUCUUUCCCCCGCGGGGGUUGCGCUCUGUCGAGGCGCGCACGGCUGCGCAGGACCCGGGGCUCUGAUAGAAGGCUCUUCCGUGGGAUUUAUCUUUCCAAGUGGAUUUGGCGAGGGGCUCUCUUUUUGGGGGGUUGAAGGGGGGGAGGCGGGGUGAAAGAAGAGGGGUGCCUCUUUUCUUUCUUUUUGGUCUGUUCUUUCCCCCCUUUUUUGGGCAUCAUGGUUCCUUGGAUCGGGGCGCUGCUCGGGGCGCUGCUGGGGCUGCUGCUGUCGCUGCGCGCCGGAGCGGCGGACGCGAAAGCGCGGAGCUGCGGAGAGGUGAGGGAGGCGUACAAAGCCAAAGGAUUCAGCCUGCUCAACAUCCCCUAUCAGGAGAUCGCAGGGGAACAUUUGAGAAUCUGCCCUCAGGAAUAUACAUGCUGCACAUCAGAAAUGGAAGAUAAGCUAAGCCAGCAAAGCAAACUGGAAUUUGAGAACUUGGUGGAGGAGACAAGUCAUUUUGUGCGCACAACCUUUGUGUCCAGGCACAAGAAAUUUGACGAAUUUUUCCGAGAACUCCUGGAGAAUGCCGAAAGAUCUUUAAAUGAUAUGUUUGUACGGACAUACGGCAUGCUGUACAUGCAGAAUUCGGAAGUGUUCCAGGACCUCUUCAUAGAACUGAAACGGUAUUAUACAGGAGGCAACGUGAACUUGGAGGAAAUGUUGAAUGACUUCUGGGCUCGGCUAUUAGAGCGAAUGUUCCAGCUCAUAAACCCCCACUAUCAUUUCUCUGAGGACUACCUAGAGUGUGUAAGCAAAUACACAGACCAGCUUAAGCCUUUUGGAGACGUACCCAGGAAACUGAAGGUUCAAGUGACAAGAGCUUUCAUCGCUGCAAGGACCUUUGUUCAGGGGCUGACCGUAGGAAGAGAAGUUGCUAACAGAGUAUCUAAGGUCAGCCCUACCCCAGGAUGCAUCCGAGCCCUAAUGAAGAUGCUGUACUGCCCUUACUGCCGGGGACUUCCCACUGUGAAACCUUGCAACAACUAUUGCCUCAACGUAAUGAAGGGCUGCCUUGCCAACCAAGCUGAUUUGGAUACCGAAUGGAAUCUCUUCGUAGAUGCUAUGCUUUUGGUAGCAGACAGAUUAGAGGGACCAUUCAACAUUGAAUCUGUUAUGGAUCCUAUUGAUGUCAAGAUUUCUGAAGCCAUCAUGAACAUGCAAGAAAACAGUGUACACGUGACAGCAAAGGUCUUUCAAGGAUGUGGACAGCCUAAACCAGCUCCAGCGUUAAGAUCCUCCCGCUCUGUUCCGGAUACCUUUAAUACCCGCUUUCGGCCCUAUAAUCCUGAGGAAAGACCAACAACAGCCGCUGGUACAAGUUUGGACAGGCUGAGGACUAUCUGGAGGACAAUGCAACAUGGUGUAAUUGACAUUAAAGAAAAACUGAAGCUUUCCAAAAAGUUCUGGUCAACAUUACCAUACAGUAUCUGCAAAGAAGAAAGAGUGACAGCAGGCCUGUCCAAUGAGGAGGACUGCUGGAAUGGGCACACCAAAGCUAAAUACCUCCCAGAGAUCAUGAAUGAUGGGCUCACCAACCAGAUCAACAAUCCUGAGGUUGACGUCGACAUCACCAGGCCCGACACCUACAUAAGGCAGCAGAUCAUGGCCCUGAGAGUCAUGACGAACAAACUCAAGAACGCAUACAAUGGAAACGAUGUGAAUUUUCAGGAUACAAGCGAAGAGACCAGUGGCUCGGGAAGCGGAAGCGGUUGCACGGAUGACAUUUGUCCCACAGAGUUUGAAUUCAUCACCACGGACGCACCCCUCGUUGAUUCAGACAGAAGGGAAGUGGACUCUUCUUCAGCCAGUCAGCCCAGUUGGUCAGCACUCACGUGGUUUGUCAUCUGCCUGGUUCUCCUACUGCAAAAACAAUGCAGAUAAUCCUAGCUCUGGUCAGCAAUGACUGCCUUUUAGCUUUCGGAAAAUGAAAACAAAAACAGCCAACUUUCUCUUUUUCUUAUGCUCUUGGGCAACGGACCAUGCCACAAAUACUUACAGUUUUCUACUAGAAGAGAGCGGUGCUGCAACCUGCUCCCCUUUGUGCAUUUCCAAAGAGCACCGGGUGCCAGAGUGGACCUUUCCCUGUUUCCUUCAGAUAGCUGUGAUGAAGACGCUGUCCGCUCCUCGGCGAGAUCUCUUUUUCUCACGUUUUUAUUACAGGAGACUUUUCAGAGCUUCAUUUGCUUUUAUGCUGCAGGAAGAAAAAAGGGGAGGGGAGGCGGGAAAGGGUUAAGGGUACAAAGUGUGGGUUUUCCAUUACAGAGAAAAAAGAGAAGAGAAACAAAAUAAAGAAUAUCCCCGCCCCACCACCAAAAAAUCAAUCAAUCAAUCAAGCUAAGUCCAAGGCCCAACAAAAUAGCGAAAUGUGACUUCAAACAUAUACAUAAAAAACAAGGAGUGCUUUUGUAUCGCGCUUCAGAUCACCGAAAUGAUCUUUACUAUUGAGGGAGUAUCUUUUGAAUCCUGUAUUAUUUGCACUCCAUUGGCCAUAAAUAGAAGACUUGCCAAGAGGUCCAAAACAAAAGCAGAAAUAAGUCUACUAAUCAAGGAACAUCAUUCGUCUCAGAAUAUUCACGUUGUUUAGCACACUUCUUGUUUGAAUUCUAACACUCUUUGUCCUGGUUGGUUUUACCCUUUAGCCAUGGUAUGUAAUUGACAAAGGCGUCCACUAAGUUGCCCAUCACCACCUGGUUUGUAGCAAAGUCUUAACAAUGCUUGAAAAGUUUUAACUCGAGGGUUUUGACAUAAAAACUAAUCUCUUGCGAUAGAAUCUCUCCUUUUUCUUUAGCUGCAGGUUUGGCAUCAAGUAGAAAUUCCUGCGACUGUGUUCAUUUACCUUAACCAAAUGGCAGUUUUCAAAGGAACUGAUAACAGUAAUUGGAUCAAUAUGUUAGUUUUGCAUAGAAACGGCAUCCUUCGUAUCUAUUAGUUUCUGUAUCAGAAGGGAACUCUGUUGCUAAAACGUCGACACAAGUAUAUAUAUAUAUAUAUAUAUAGUACUGACAUGGAAAAUUUCUUUCACUUUUUUAGUCUUAGUAUGAUCAUCUAUUUUUAUAUAUAUGAAUAUUAUAUAUAUAUAUAUAAAUCACAGAUUUUAACUUCUUAA